AUGCAGCCAAGUCUGACUGCUAAUACUGAUAAUCCUCUAUCAGUGAUUGAAGACAUUUCCCUGCAGCCUAACCAGACUGCCAAGGAUGAUAGUCCAGCCUUUGUCAAUAGUGGUGAUGCUGUGGAAGCUGUCCAUGAGAACAAUGAGAUCGUUGCAGGGAAAGGGAAGGCCUUAGCUGAUGAUGAGAACCAAAAAAGCAAGGCCAAAUGGUGGAAAAGAAUACCUCAGAAAAGUACCAUGGAGAAAUCCAGUAAUCACUCUCAUAAUCCUGAGGACACUCAAACCAGGAAAAGAGCUCUAGUAGACAGCAUGGAGGGUGUUGAAGCAAGUGGCAACAUUGGUAUUCCUGAGAAGUUGGAGAAUAGCACUAAAAGUGUAGAAUGGGUUGGGGAGCUUCUUACUGAUGAUAGUUGUGAGUGGAAUGAGGAGCUGCUAACUGAUUUGUUCAACGAAGAUGACCUGAAGCUGAUUAGAGAGAUUAAGCUGACUCCUGAAGCUAGUGAUAAGUGGGUGUGGAUGUUUGAUGAAAAGGGAUUAUUCUCAGUUGCUGCUUAUGCAUGGCGUCGCAAGCUCAUAAUGUCUGGAGGAGAAUCAGGGAGGCCCUUCGAGUAUACGCCUACAUGGGUCAUCGCCAUUGUUUGUUUUAUCAUCGUUUUCAUCUCACUUGUUGCCGAGCGCGCUCUUCAUAAUCUCGGGAAGUACUUUAAGAGGAAGAACCAGGAUGCUCUAUAUAAUGCACUGGAAAAAGUAAAGGAAGAGCUGAUGCUUUUGGGAUUUAUCUCCCUUCUCAUGACGGUCUUUCAAGGUCUCAUAAGUCGCCUUUGCAUUCCCGAGCAUCUCGAGAAUAUCAUGCUCCCGUGCAAAAUGCCAGCUGCUCAUCAUGAAUCUGACAUGAAUACUGUUAGAAGGCUUUUAGCUGAAGAAGUUUCACAACGAUGUUCAGAGGGAGAAGUCCCAUUUCUAUCUCUAGAAGCAUUGCAUCAGCUGCACAUGUUCAUAUUUGUCUUGGCCGUUGUGUAUGUGUUCUUUUGUGCCUCAACCAUGGUUCUUGGAGGCAUCAAGAUAAGUCAAUGGAGACAUUGGGAGAACUCGAUUAUGAAUGAAUCAUCAAGACAUCAUAGAGUACAUGUUCCACAUGCGCAUCUACAAGAGUUCACAGCACGAACAGGCAACUAUUGGAGAAAAUUCCGAGUCGUGAGUUGGAUAGCGGCAUUUUUCAAGCAAUUUUAUGGAUCAGUGACUAGGUCUGACUAUAUAGCCCUACGUUCUGGAUUCAUACGUGAACAUUGCCCGAGCAACCCAAACUACAAUUUCCACAGGUAUUUGCUGAGGACACUGGAGGAAGAUUUCAGAAGGAUUAUAGGUGUAAGCUGGUACUUGUGGCUGUUUGUUGUACUCUUCUUGCUUGUAAACAUCGCAGGGUGGCAUACAUACUUUUGGCUAUCAUUCUUACCUCUAAUACUGCUGCUAAUUGUUGGAGCUAAAUUAGAGCAUAUAAUAACUCAACUAGCCAAAGAUGCUCAAGAAAGAGCAGGGGGUGCUGAAGGAACACUGGUUAGGCCCUCUGAUGAACUUUUUUGGUUCCAAAAGCCGGUUCUCGUCCUAUACUUGAUUCACUUCAUCUUAUUCCAAAACUCGUUCGAGAUAGCAUUCUUCUUGUGGAUUUGGAGCACGUAUGGCUUUGAAUCUUGCAUCAUGGAGGAGUUGAAUUUCAUCAUCCCAAGAAUUGUCAUUGGGAUUAUUGUGCAAGUCCUCUGCAGUUACAGCACUCUGCCUCUAUAUGCUUUAGUUUCACAGAUGGGGAGCAUGUUCAAAGAAACUUUGUUCGCGCAAUUCACCAAAGACCUGCUUCUGACAUGGGUUUCAGACACAAAGCACGGUUCUUCCAGAACUGAUGGAAGUAUAAAUAGACUGACAUUUGAAUCAACUAAUUCCACUUGCCUCGCUCAACAAAUGGCUAUGGACAGUGCAACUACAUCAUCUGAGAUCGAACUUUCCAGUCCAGAAAAUAUUAGUACUUCAACAAGUACUAAAUAA